AUGUCACAAUCAGCUACUGAUAAGUCCAAAUUAACAUCCCAUGAUCAACAUUAUUUCUCCUCAUAUGAUCAUUAUGGUAUUCAUGAAGAAAUGUUAAAAGAUACUUCUCGUACUUUAAGUUAUCGUAAUGCCAUGUAUAGAAAUAAACAUCUUUUUAAAGAUAAGAUUGUUUUAGAUGUUGGUUGUGGAACUGGUAUUCUUUCUAUGUUUGCUGCUAAAGCUGGUGCUAAACAUGUUUAUUCUGUUGAUAUGUCUUCAAUUAUAGAUAAAGCAAAAGAAAUUGUUUCAAUUAAUGGAUUUUCCGAUAAAAUUACUUUAUUACAAGGGAAAUUAGAAGAUAUUCAAUUACCGGUUGAUAAAGUUGAUAUUAUUAUUUCUGAAUGGAUGGGAUAUUUCUUGUUAUAUGAAUCUAUGUUGGAUACUGUUUUAUUAGCAAGAGACAAAUAUCUUGUUGAAGGUGGAUUAAUUUUCCCAGAUAAAUGUCAUAUGUAUAUUGCUGGUAUUGAAGAUGGUCAAUAUAAAGAUGAAAAGAUCUUUUAUUGGGAAGAUGUAUAUGGAUUUGAUUAUAGUCCUUUUAUUAAGAUGGCCAUGUCUGAACCAUUAGUUGAUACUGUUGAUAAUAAGGCAUUGAUUACUACUUCAGAUAAAUUCUUUGAAUUUGAUAUUAAUACUGUCACAAAGGAAGAAUUAGCAUUCGAUCGUUCAUUUGAAAUUGAAGCCAUUGAUGCUGAUUUAUGUCAUGCAUUUGUUGUUUAUUGGGAUGCUGUUUUCCCUGGGGAUGAAAAAGUUACUUUAUCAACUGGUCCUAUGAAUCAAUAUACUCAUUGGAAACAAACUAUUUUCUAUAUGGAUCAAGUAUUAGAUUUAGUUAAAGGUGAUACUAUCAAGGGAAGAAUCUCAGGUAUUCCAAAUAAAGUCAAUCCAAGAGAUAUUGAUGUUGAAAUUGAAUGGGAUUUACAAGUCACUACAAAAGAUAAAUCUAGAGAACAAAAAGGAAGUUACAAUUACGUGUUACGUUAA